AUGGCUGGCCUUCAACACUUCAAGAUGGCCCUGGAUCCGGCGAUUGUCCGGCUAGGCAACAUGACUACCAACCGCCACAAGUACUUCAGGUGGACCGGCCGCACUGCUGGCAUCACCUUUGUCUACGUCGCGGUCGUCCCGAGCAUCUUCUACUGGAUUACCGUUUCGACUCAGGACAAGUGGGAUCUGAGGGCCAAGAGGAGGGGCGAUCUGGUUGCCGCAUAA